UAUAUGUUUUUCCAACUGACUCCCAGUUAUUGCCUGAAAACAAACAAGAAAUUUCGUUAAAGAGGUUCAUGUGGAUUUCAGUUGAAUGUUGAGGCUUCGAACAUUGAUCUCUCAAAAUCAAAUUACUCUACUAUUCAAUUUCUCUGUGAUUUUACUUCAACCCCGAGAUGUUAAGCUCAGGGAAUUAUGUCACUGAGCAUGGAUUUUUUAUGCUGGGAAUUCUAGCUGGACUCUCGUGGGUGGUUGGUGUUGCUUCAGUGGUAGUGCCGAGGUCCAAUUGCUAUGCUCUUGAUAAUUCCAGCUACAUCGUUGAUUUUACAAGCUGGAAAGGACAUCUCUUUGAGUAUGAGGGAAAGGAUUCGGACUUGGUUGUUCGAUUUUGCAAGGACGUGGAGAGUAGAUCACAUACAGGAUAUGUUGAUUUUGGUCGCUUUGAUAAAUUCAAUCAUUUUGUUGCUGGUUUUGGAGGUGCCAACUUUGUUCAAGGAUUUUAUGAGGGUGAUCUUAUGAAUUGUGAGCAAAGCUAUGACAAAUUGGGGCGCACAGCUAAGGUUAACAUCAUAUGCGGAAGUUGUUUGAGCAGUCAAUGUAAAGGUGAACUUGGAUGUAUAUGCAGCGUUACGUAUGAAUCGUCUUGCAGAGUGCUUGUAGAACUUGCUAUUCCGUGCGAGAAACGUGGUCCACGGGUAUAUGAAGGCUUCACUAUUGGAUUCCACCCGCGGUCAUGGGAAAUUGUGUACAAUGGCAUGACUCAGCAUGGUUUUGAGAAGUCUCACAAUGAAUUUAGCUUUAGUACUGAACAGACUCGUCUGACCCUUUAUAUGACUGCAAUUGCAUCUCUCUCGAAUUUGGUACAAAAACCCAUUGUAAAGGUAUUCCCACAAAAUGGCCUAGAAAUUCAACUAUCUGGCUCCGGUGCUUCUGGAAAUUCACCAACAACUUUAUCACCAACUGUUUUGACUGUAGACUGGACAUGUAAAAAGGCACGAAAAACACCUUAUGAAGUGGAAAUCACUAUUCCCGUGGAGAAUUAUGAGCCAGUGAAGUUUACUCUCACAAAAAUGUGCAAUCAUAGACAAGAUGAUGGGAAGGAGGCAAGAAAAGGAUGGGCUAUAUUUGGGAUAAUAUCCUGCAUAUUCUCUGUUUCACUUACCCUGUUCUGCUGUGGUGGAUUUAUAUAUAAAUCACGGGUGCAAAACCAGCAUGGCCUUGAUGCUUUACCAGGGAUGACCUAUUUAUCAGCUUUUCUGCAAACUGUGGCUGGAGGAGCUCAUGGUUACCAAAGAGCGGAUGAGAGUAACAAUCCUUACAUUUCUGUUGGUCAAGGAUCUGGAAGACCCGCUGACGUCAGAUAUGGUUCCAUUUGAGCAUACAUGCUCUCGGAUCCAAAUUGAAGCAAACUUGAUGACGAUGAUCUAUAUAGUUCAGGUUCCACUCUGGGCAGUGUCAGCUUGUCUCUAGCAAUUCUAUUGUCAGUCAUGCCAAUCGUAGUCAUGACUUCCAUGGGGAACUGCUUCUUGAGUCCGGAAAUUGACUGGUUACUUCAUUGUCGAAGGUUUAUUUUGACAUAACGUCAGCUAAGCUUAUGGUUAUGCAGGCUCUGUUAAUGGUCAUUGACCUUGGCAUAACAGUAUACUGCAUUUACAUGGCCAUGUAAUGUUUAUCACUAGGCUAUUUGACUUUUACUGUUUCAGAUUAGCGGUAGAAUCAAAAUUCUUGAAAUUACUUGAUUCAAUUUUUUUUUUGUAUAUACUUGUAUAUAUGUUUUUAACUAUA